AUGCCUGCAUAUACAGGAUCAGAACCUCCCCGAGUGUCACGCUCACUUUCUGUUCGGCUCCCUUCCUUUGCAGAACUCGACGCCGCAUCCCAAACAUAUGAAAGUGAUCUGCCAAAUUCCACAGAAUGGAACCGCAACCACGCAGAUGCUCUCCCAACGAUGGGUCGUCCUUCGGAGGGACAUGGAUGGCGUGAUUAUCGCCGUCGUGGCUUAAUACCAAUAAUAGCCGUACAAUUGGAGUUCGAUACCGCAGCGUUCGAUUUCCGGGAUAUGUUGAUGGCCUGUAUUUUUGCUUUGGUCCCAUCGCGUGAGGCCCAUUUCUACGGAUCUCCCUAG